AUGGCCAUGGCCGUCAAAAUGCCAUUGAGAUAUAAGAGUACAACGGAUGACGAUGUGAACAUUAAUAUCGAAGUCAUCCAGCGCGAGCAAGAUGUUUAUCAACGUCUACGAUAUUGCGACGGUGUUGUCCCGUGCAUCAGUCCUCCAAGACGACUCUUCAACUUGCAUUUAUGGAAAAUGGCGACCUACUCGCAAUUUCUCCUUGCUUCGGACCUAUCUAUCUGUUUUUGCGACUUUACCGAGUCAUCCAUUAUGCCUCUGGGUACCGACAUGGAGACAGUUGACGACAAUGGAUACUCAGUUCAAACGGUUAUUGGUCUGUUAGGGGCUGUAAUCUAUGAGGUUGUGACGGGAGAGCGUUGUCAAUUUGACCUCUUCAAGGAUCUGCCACUGGAAGCUUGCCGAGCUACUUGGCCCCCGCGGACAUCUCUACCUAGCACACAAAACAUUUGGCCUGGAGCGAUCAUUGAGAAAUGUUGGACCAAAGGUGCAUUUCAGAAUGCGGAUCGCUUGUCAGAUGCAUUGGAUUCCAUCAACCUGGACGAUCAGUCUACUCCGGGAAAUGGGAGAUACGAUUGUUGCGAGCCUGGAAAGAAUGUAUCAAGGCAAUAUAUCACCAAGCUCGCGGUCGCAUUUGGUGCUAUUACAAUUCUCGCCACCUGGGUUUGGAGAUGGUCUUCAGUUAUCCGGAGUCGAGCUGAGGGGUAUCGGCGAGGAUAA